AUUAUUGCUUUAAAAAUUUAAAAUCUUCAGUCUCGGUUUGCUUAAAACAGAAUGUGGACCGUUGUACAUUUUAUUAAAGACAAUACUGUUGAAUCAGUUCCUAAUAUAUGKUACAAAAGAAAAGAAAACAAGUGUGCUUGGCCUAUAUUAAAACAUUCUGUAAAAAAAAUGAUAGAAAAAAGAGCAUAUCCAAAUGAAAUUGAUUUUCAGUGGUUGCCAGCUAGAGUUCUUGGACAUUCAUAUGGUAGUUUACACGAAGCUCUUCAAAAAGCUAACAAAGCACAAUUUUUUACAGAUUUAUCUUCAGGAAAUGAAGAUAAUAACUGUUCGAAAAAUUUAAGUUCUGUUAAAUCUAAACGUAUUCCAAGUCCUCCAACUUUUGUCAUAAAAAAAGAUGAAACUGCAGAGAAGUUGCAGGUUGAUUUUGAUAUGAUGUUUGAAUCUGAAAAUGAGGAUAAUGAUGAUACUGAUAAAGAUCCUGAGUACCAACCUGCAGAAUUUGCUGUGAAUGUUGAUAUGACGCCAGAGAAAUCACCAAUUGUCGAUAAUUUUAUUUUAAAUUCACCAAGUGGAAAAUUUAUUGUUGAAAACAACUACAAUAAUCUUUUAAAUGAACAGUAUUCACAAACAAAAAAUGCAGGUAUUUCAGUAUCUCAACCUACACUUGUUAAUACUCCAACAACAGGGAACACGUUUAAACGAUCCUUAUUCAGGUCUGAACCAUCCAAUAAAGGAAACAUAAGCAAACCAAAGCAGGAUCAUAAAUAUUUUAUGCCACCAGUUGAUUUCCAACAUUUUGUGGUUAAUACAUUAACAAAACUUAAAUUUGAUAUGGCUCAAGUGAUUAACACAACAACUGCAACAAAUUUAUCACUGGAAAACCUACUCAAUACACAGUUCCAAAACACAUCUUUAAAUAUGACACAAACACUGAAUGAACCAGAUCUUAAUGAUGUUUUUCCUAUUAAUUCACUUGAAGAACUAAAUCAGUUGGAAAUAAAAUUGGAAACCGAUAAGCAGUUUAGAUCAAAUUUGAUUUCAAAAUUAUCAUUAUUGGUGGGCACAAAAAGUGUAGGAGAUAGUGUACGUCGUAUAAUGUUUAAAAUGUUCAAUGAUGACAUUUUAAUUUCAUACUCAUUACAAGGCUUUAAAAAGAAAAAAUGUUUUCAAAAGCUAUCAGUUUACCAUUUAUUGAUCGAUGCCUUAAGAGUUCAUCCCAAAUUCAAAACUCUUAUAAACAAAGAAUUUGAUAUUCCAUUAGCAACAGGGUUAGCACAUGCAAAAUUUAGAAUCUGUUUAUUGUGGGACACAGAGUGGCUAGCAAAAUUGAUGUUUUUCACAGAUCUAACAUUACAUUUGAACACUUUGAAUAAAAAGUUACAAGGACGCGGGAAAACAAUUGAAGCCAUGUUUGGAUUAAUAAAAGGUUUUGAAAUUAAAAUAGAUAUGUUUAUUAACGAUGUCAAAUCUGGAAAAUUUCUAUACUUCCCAAAAGUGAAAAAAAUGUUAKGUGAAGUGGACAUUUUUGAACAAACCAAUUGGGAUUUUACCAAUGARUUUUCAAAUAUUGUUGAUUUUAAUGAUUACUAUCUUAAUKGGAURGGAUUAGAAAAUUUAGAAAUGCAGUUAAUCGAUUUGCAAACUAAUCCAAUUUGGACAAAUAAAUUUGUGAAUAUGCGAGAGCGUAUCGAAGAAUUGGAACGUCAUCGAAUACAUAACGAAGAAACAGAUUGCGGUGUUGACAACAUAAUAUUAGAAAUAAAUGAAAAAAAUAUUACUGUCAAUGACUCAGAACUCAUCACCUUUAAUAUAAGUGAGAAUUGUCAUCAAGUUAAUAAUGAGAAUACUUUUGAAGUAUCUUUGGAAGCUCAAAAUAAGUAUGAAGAUUUUAAAGCCAGAAAUUUUCCAGAAAUUUUAUUUGACAAUCCUCGUUCUUGGUCUCCUAUUAAUGAUAAACUGCGUUGUAUACUUAUUCUUCAUGGACCAAAUCGUGGGAUGACAGCACCUAAACCAUUCAAAAAUCAUUGGUUUUUAAAACAAAUGAAUAACUGA